AUGUGGAUCAGAAACCUUCUACAUAACGGAAAUGAUCUCAUAGUCCAUUGCAAAACCGCGAAGGAAGAUAUGGGGUACCAUAGGGUGCAUCCCACAGGAUCUUACGGUUUUCUUCACGAAGAUUCCGAACCUUUGGACCCCGAUAUAUUAUGGUGUCAUCUAUGGCAAGGACCUAACUUCAAGCAUCACCAAGUCUUUGACGUUUUCGAUGGUACUUGGGAAGCUAGAGAAGAUGGAAUCUACGUGCCAGGUCGCUAUCGGUCUGUGUACAUAUAUGGUUGGGAUGUUCCUAUCACUAAAUCAAGAGCUUCCUCGUUAAGAUCAACAUGUAUGAUGAUCUCUCUGAGCUUGUUAGUCUCUUCCUUGUUUUUUGUUUUUUAG